CUUUUUAUUUCUGUGUCCGAGCAUCAGUCCUAAUGUUAACAAGCAGAUGUGUGUGUUUGAGGCAUUUGGCUGAUGAUCUCGAACAGAAACAUCAUGAUUUACUCCCCACAGAUAUGAGGAGAGACUUUAUCUCCAACAGACUUCCACCCUAUCUGCUCGACCAGACUGAUUUAGAACCAGACAAUCUCACGAGCUGUUUGUGUGUGUGUGUGUGUGUAUGUAGACCUGUCAUUCAGCAGAUUAUUCCCAGCAUGACUUGCUUGAUGAGUCUUGGAUCACUUGGCUCAACUGUGAUAUAAAUAACAUUUAAAAAUAAAAACUACCGGCUCUUGUCAGAGUACCGCUGAUUUCUAUUGCAUAUACUGUAAAUGGUUUUGUUUCUUUUUAAGCUGGAAAACUGCCUUCACUGGAGGACACUGUAUAUAUAUAUUCGGUUUAAAGAGCAUCUUCGACUAACGGUGGAGUCCAGUCAGCACAACCCGGAUGAAGCCACACAGCUGGUCGUGUUUGUAUUACAUUCUUUAAAGAACAAAAGAGAAACGCACAUGAUGGAAUCAUCUGAUGAUGAUGAUGAAGAUGAGUCUUCACAGUUUCAGGGUCUGCGGUUUCCUUUGACACAUCUGGCGGCACUAAAGCAGCUGCUGCAUUUGGAGCGCGUCGCUGUUCUGCAGCUGCAGCAAGAUGCAGAUAAACUGGGUCUGCCGCUGGGACUCUGGACAGAAGGACUGCUGCGAAACAUCAAAAGCACUAAUGCACUCAGACGAACUUUCAGAGCUGCUUUACACUUUCAGCUGAUCCCUCUGUGUGUGUGUGUGUGUGUGUGUGUGUGUGUGUGUCAGGGGCAACAGCCUGUUACACUCUGAACUCAUGGCCUUUGACCUCUUA